AUGUGCUUCGGAUCCUCCAAGUCCAAGCCUUCUGAGAAGAGGCGUGUCGAGCGAGCCAAGGCCAACCGAGCCAAAGGCAAGGGCACAGUUAGACGAACCGUGAUCUCCUCGGAGGACAGCGUCAAGACAACUGAGUUGAAGAAGAGAUGUCUCCAACACAACCAACCCUGUGUUGCAUUCCGCUACGAAGACUGGCCGGAGCCAAAGGAACAAACCUCAUAA